GGGGGAAUGAGCACCAAAGAAGUGGAUGAACAGAUGAUCAACGUGCAGAACAAGAAUUCAUCUUACUUUGUUGAAUGGAUUCCAAACAAUGUGAAGUCAAGCGUGUGUGACAUCCCUCCAAGAGGACUAUCGAUGGCUUCCACCUUUAUUGGAAACUCGACUUCCAUUCAGGAAAUGUUCAGGAGAGUGAGUGAGCAGUUCACUGCCAUGUUCAGGAGGAAGGCUUUCUUGCAUUGGUACACAGGGGAAGGAAUGGAUGAGAUGGAGUUCACCGAAGCUGAGAGCAAUAUGAAUGAUCUUGUUUCGGAGUAUCAGCAGUAUCAGGAUGCAACUGCUGACGAGGAUGGUGAGUAUGA